UGUAUGAUAAGGGUGUCGUUGCAUGGUGGGGGCAAGGCGGCGAGAUGGGGGACAGCUUCCUGCACCAGGGGGACAUCGUGUCCCUCUACGCGGAGGGCACUGUUUCAGGUUUCCUGAGUACUUUAGGGUUGGUAGAUGACAGGUGCGUCGUCUGCCCGGAGGCGGGCGACCUCACUGACCCACCCAAAAAGUUCCGGGAUUGUCUGUUCAAAAUAUGUCCCAUGAACCGCUAUUCGGCGCAGAAGCAAUUCUGGAACACGGCGAAGCAGUCUGCUAACAACAACACAGACACGGGCCUGCUGAAAAGAUUACACCACGCAGCAGAGAUAGAAAAGAAGCAAAAUGAGUUGGAGAACAAGAAGUUGCUGGGCACCGUCGUGCAGUACGGCAGCGUGGUGCAGCUGCUCCACGUCAAGUCCAACAAGUACCUCACCGUAAACAAAAGACUGCCCGCGCUGCUUGAAAAGAACGCGAUGCGUGUCCACCUAGACGCGAACGGAAACGAAGGCUCAUGGUUCUACGUGAUGCCUUUCUACAAGCUACGAUCUACCGGUGACAACGUGGUGGUGGGCGAUAAAGUAAUAAUGAACCCUGUGAGCGCGGGGCAGCAAGUUCUACAUGUGUCUUCCAACCAUGAACUACCUGACAACGCUGGCUGUAUGGAGGUGAACGUAGUAAACUCCUCAACCUCCUGGAAGGUGACCCUCUUCCUCGAACACAAAGAGAACCAGGAAGAAAUCCUCAAAGGCGGAGACGUGGUCCGUCUCUUCCACGCUGAACAAGAGAAGUUCCUCACCAUGGAUGAGUACCAGAAGAGGCAGCAUGUGUUCCUGAGGACUACUGGAAGAUCUAGUGCUACUGCAGCCACCAGCAGCAAGGCUUUAUGGGAGAUUGAGGUGGUCCAACACGACCCGUGCCGAGGCGGCGCGGGUCACUGGAACUCCAUCUUCCGAUUCAAACACUUAGCUACCGGACACUACUUAGCUGCCGAAGCGUGCGUGAGGCCACCAGACGCGCCAUUAGACACAGGGGAGCCAGCCUACCAACUAGUGUCGGUGGCACAUUCCUCUGAAAUAGCCACGCUGUUCGAAUUGGACCCGACCACUAUGACUCAUUCCGACGCCCCUGUACCACAGAGUAGUUACGUAAGAUUACAACAUCUAUGCACGCACACAUGGGUGCAUUCGACUUCAAUACCUAUUGAUAAAGACGAAGAAAAACCUGUUAUGUCGAAGGUGGGGUGUUCAGUAGUGAAAGAAGACAAAGAAGCUUUCGCACUGAUAUCAGUAUCUCCGAGCGAAGUCCGAGACUUGGACUUCGCAAAUGACGCCUGCAAAGUGCUUUCUGCUCUCUCUGGCAAGUUGCAGAACGGAAACAUAGAGCACAAUGAGAGAAAAGCACUGACCUGCCUUCUCCAAGACAUAGUAUACUUCAUAGCCGGAUUUGAAAACGAACCAAACAAGUCCGAAGCACUCGAACUGAUUGUCGAGAACCCGAACAGAGACAGACAAAAACUUCUGCGGGAACAAUAUAUCCUUAGACAACUAUUCAGGAUACUCCAGGGACCAUUUCAAGAAUCUCCCGAAGGCGAAGCUUUUCUAAAGAUAGAAGAGCUUUGCGACGCUCGCUACGCGCCUUAUAAAUACAUCUUCAGGCUCUGCUACAGGAUACUGCGGCUCAGUCAACAGGACUACAGAAAAAACCAGGAAUACAUAGCGAAGCACUUCGGGUUCAUGCAGAAGCAGAUUGGCUACGACAUCCUAGCCGAGGAUACCAUCACUGCAUUGUUGCAUAACAACCGGAAAUUACUCGAAAAACAUAUCACGGCUUCGGAGAUCGAGACCUUUGUGGGACUCGUCCGCAAGAAUAUGAAGACGUGGCAGUCUCGAUUCCUCGACUACUUAAGUGAUCUUUGCAUCUCGAACAAGAAAGCCAUCGCCGUUACUCAAGAGCUUAUCUGCAAGAGCGUACUCUGCGCUAACAACUCCGACAUACUCAUCGAGACAAGGGUUGUCUCAACAAAAUACGAGAAGAGCAGCGGCUCUCCUAAGACCAACGAGGAAACGAAACAAUACACCGUCGAGGAUGAAGUCAUAUUGCUGUGGAACAACAAAAAGAAUUCCCGCCUACUGACGGAGCUAGCGGCCGAAGCCCGCGAAGACCCGACAGGCACGUCGGCCGCCAUCUUGGAUUACUACCGCCACCAGCUCGACCUGUUCUCCAACAUGUGUCUCAACAGACAGUACCUGGCCCUCAACACGCUGUCCCCGCAGCUCAACAUACAGCUCAUACUCAAGUGUAUGUCAAACAACCUGCUGUCACAUGAACUGCGGGCGUCCUUCUGCCGUCUAAUGCUGCAUUUACACGUCGAUCGCGACCCUCAAGAGCCUGUCACGCCUGUCAAAUACGCUCGUCUAUGGACUGAAGUGCCUGACCACAUACAUAUCAAAGAUUACCAAUGCGUGAAAGGAGGCCCCGACGCCAACCGCGAGAAGGUCAAACAGCAGUUCGCUUCCACCAUCGGCUUCGUAGAGAACUACCUCUGCAACGUCGUCACGAGGACGUGGUACUUCAGCGACCAUGACCAGAAUAAGUUGACGUUUGAAGUGGUCAAACUGGCGAGAGAGCUUAUCUACUUCGGUUUCUACAGCUUCAGCAAUCUCCUUCGGUUGACGAAGACGCUGCUCAGUAUUCUGGACAGUGUGACGUCUGCUAUGGACUUAUUGAAUGAGACCAACGCCUUAUCAGGAGAAGUCGAGUCUGAAGGUGGAGUGCUCCGCAGCAUCGGUGAUAUGGGCGCUGUCAUGACGUCAAUAACACUGGGCUCGGUCACUAGAAAUGCGGGCGGCGCGGGGGCGGGGGUGGGUGCGGGGGUGGGAGCGGGCGCGGGGGCGCCGAGGAGCGCCAGCGCCGCGCUGGCCCGCGAGCACCCGCUCGUCAUGGACACUAAGCUCAAGAUCAUCGAGAUCCUGCAGUUCAUCCUAGACGUCCGACUGGACUACCGCAUCAGCUGUCUGCUCUCCAUCUUCAAGAAGGAGUUCGAGCAAGCCGGCGAACGAGCCGACGUCGAAGCCAUAGGGCUGCAGGCUGAAGGCAUCUUCAGUUGCAGAGCUAUUCAAACAGUACCUGACGGGUGCCUCCCCAAAAAUGUAGACUUGGACGGACUCGACCUAGACGAAUGCGGGGGUAUGGUGUUACGCGUACUACUGCAGUUGUGUUCCCAAGGAGCUUCGGCUGCGUUGGUGUCUGGGGCCUUAGCGUUGCUGUUCAGACAUUUCAGUCAAAGGCAAGAAGUGUUGGCGGCUUUUAAACAGGUGCAACUCCUAGUGUCGGACGCGGACGUGGAAUCGUACAAGCAGAUCAAAGCGGACUUGGACCUCUUGCGGCAGAGCGUGGAGAAGUCCGAGCUGUGGGUCUUCAACAAGGGCCGCGCCGGCGCCCUAGACGACCACGGAGGUGGAACAGGCACCGUUGGUCCCGGCGGAGCGAUUCUUGAGCGCAACGCUUCUAUGGACAAUGUUCUGGACACGUCGCGAACUGCGAAGCAUGACAACAACGAGUACAAAAAGAUCAAACAUAUACUACAACGCAUGAUAAAAUACUGCACCCACGGCAACAGCGGGACGGCCACCACCGGCAAACCUCGACGACACGAGCAAAGACUCCUGCGAAACAUAGGCGUGCACAAUAUUGUGCUGGAUCUAUUACAGGUCCCCCACGACGAAGACGAUGCAGCCAUGGAUGAGCUGCUCGCGUUGGCGCACGAGUUUCUCCAACAUUUCUGCCACGGCAACCAGCAGAAUCAGGCCAUUCUACACAAGCACCUAGACCUCUUCCUCAACGCUGGGGUAAGCGGCUCGUCUGCUGCCUCUUUCAUAAAAAAAAAACAAUAUUUUGUGGUAAAUUGUGUUUAAAUCAUUGAGUCUAGACGCCGAAGACCGGCGUACGUGCACUUCUUGAGGACCAUAGUGCAUGCGGACACACAGUAUAUUAGGAGGAGUCAGGAUCUGGUGAUGGAAGAGAUGGUGAACGCCGGUGAAGACGUGCUGAUAUUCUACAACGAUCGAGUGUCCUUCAACAACUUCAUACAGAUGAUGCGGCAGUACAAACAGACCAACGAGAUGCCUGAAGCGUUGAGAUACCACAUUCAAUUGGUGAAGCUACUGACGUGUUGUACGAUGGGCAAGAAUGUAUACACCGAAAUCAAAUGCCACAGUUUGUUACCACUCGACGACAUCGUGUCCAUGAUCACGCACCCUGACUGUAUACCAGAGGUGAAAGAAGCGUACGUAGGCUUCCUAAACCACUGCUACAUCGACACGGAAGUGGAAAUGAAGGAGAUCUACUCCAGCAACUAUAUGUGGGACUUGUUCGAGCGCUCGUUCCUGCAAGAUAUGCAGGCGAUACUACAGGGCGACACGCAUCUGCAAGUCGCUGUCCCAGGCACAUCGGAAGAGCCGCCGGCUUCGGUGGGCGGGGCUCAGAAGGCGUGGGUGAACUACGUCACUGAUGUGUUGGUGCAGACAAUCUGCACUUUCUUCAACUCUCCCUUCAGUGAUCAGAGCACCACUGUGCAGACACGGCAGUCAAUCUUCGUGAAGCUGCUACAGACUACCUUCCGGAUAUACCAGUGUCCCUGGCUGACUCCCCCUCAAAAACUCAACGUGGAGAAAUGUAUCCGGACACUCAGCGAAGUUGCUAAAUCCCGAAGCAUAGCGAUACCUCUAGAACUAGAAGGGAAGAUCCAGACGGUUUUCGAGAAGGUAGCUCAGUUCUCCAGGCAGACCAGCAAGUGGCUACUUGCUUCCAAGACUUCCAAACUAGAAAAAAUGGCUUCUCAGUCAAACCUACAAAACGACAGAUCAGUAAUGGAGGGUCUUCAAGAGAUAGUAGCACUACUAGAAGAACAACUUCGACCGCUAUUACAAGCAGAACUGUCAUUGCUUGUAGACAUUUUGUACAAGCCACAUCUACUGUUUACUAGUCCUGGCGAGGCUGCUGAAGAAAAUACGAGAGGCAUCUUCAUAUCCAGACUGAUUCGCCAUACAGAGAAGCUUCUAGAAGAGAAGGAAGAGAAGCUUUGCGUCAAAGUUCUGCGGACGCUGAGAGAGAUGAUGGCCGUCGACCCGGAAUACGGAGACAAGGGCAACCAACUCCGCAACAAGCUGCUCUCGCAAUACUUCGUGAACCGCAAGUCGGAGCCCCGCAUCCAGCCGCCGCCCAGCGCCCUCGCCGUCGCGCACGGCCCGGGUGCUAAAGUCCUAAUGCGGACGGGGCAGACCCUGGCUCAGGUGCAAGUUCAUCUGAACCACGAGGGGGCUUCUGAUCUGGUGGUAGACUUGGUCAUCAAGAGCACCAACCGGCCUGCCAUCUUCCUCGAAGCUAUCCAGCUUGGUAUCGCGUUACUGGAAGGAGGCAACCCUACGAUCCAAUCGAGUAUCUUCACCAAACUGCAGAAUGGAGAAAUUUCGCAAUCUUUUCUGAAGGUCUUCUACGAUAAGAUGCGAGAAGCUCAGCAGGAGAUCAAAUCCCUAGCGGCGAGUACAUCAGCCGCGGCUACCGGUGACAAGCAGCGGCAACACGCUGACAAAAACAAGCAACCCAUUACUGACGGUAAAACUCCUUGCGGGCCGCUGGUAGUCGGCGAAGAAAUGGACGAGGAGGUGUCGAGCGCGUGCGGCACCGCCGUCCACGCUUACUCCGACAUACACACCAUGUCCCACGGUACAACGGUUCUAGAAGAAAUCAUGGCAGAAAAGAAAAGAGAAGCUGGCAAUUCGGACGUGCUGCCAGCUAAGGUUGCUGUCAUGAAGCCAAUCUUAAGAUUCCUCCAACUUCUCUGCGAAAACCAUAACCCGGACCUACAGAAUCUCCUACGCAACCAGAACAACAAAUCGAACUACAACCUGGUCUCCGAGACCCUCAUGUUCCUAGACUGCAUUUGUGGGUCCACCACCGGAGGCCUAGGGCUUCUAGGCCUAUACAUCAACGAGGGGAACGUGGCACUCAUCAACCAGACCUUGGAAACUCUUACGGAGUACUGCCAAGGGCCCUGCCACGAGAACCAAAACUGCAUAGCGACGCACGAGAGCAACGGUCUCGACAUCAUCACCGCGCUCAUCCUCAACGACAUCAACCCUCUCGGCAAGACGCGCAUGGAGCUGGUGCUGGAGCUGAAGAACAACGCCUCCAAGCUGCUCCUGGCCAUCAUGGAGUCCAGGAACGACUCCGAGAACAACGCCGAGAGGAUCCUCUACAACAUGAACCCGAGACAGCUGGUAGAUGUGGCGUGCUCUGCCUUCCACCAGGAACAAGCGCCUGACGCCGACUCCGACUCUGAAGACGACGCGCCUGCGCAAGGCGUCUCUCCCAAGGAAGUGGGCCACAACAUCUACAUCCUCUGCCACCAGCUGGCCGGCCACAACAAGGAGCUGGCCGCGCUCGUGCGCGCCACGCCCGCCGGCGCGCAUGCGCUCGCCCUGCAGUACUACCGUACUCACACGGCGCAGAUAGAGAUAGUCCGCACCGACCGGAGCAUGGAACAGAUAGUAUUCCCCAUCCCCGAGAUUUGCGAGUAUCUGCCCGCCGACAGUAAGCACCGCGUGCUGCAGACGGCCGAGCGGGACGACCAGGGCAGCAAGGUUGCCGACUUCUUUUCCCGUCUCGACAAUCUGUUCCACGAGAUGAAAUGGCAAAAGAAGUUGAGAGGUCAACCCUUUCUGUUCUGGGUGUCUUCCUACAUGUCGCUAUGGAGCACGAUAUUAUUCAACUUCGCUGUUCUGAUCAACGUCAUCGUUGCUUUUUUCUACCCCUUUCAAGAAGAAACCCCCAAACUGGGCCAGCACCUGUCCCUGGUAGUAUGGUGCGUGUCGGGCAGCGCCGCCGCGCUGGUGACCUGGCUGCCGCGCUCCUCCGGCGUGCGAGCCUUACUGGCUAGCGGCAUAGUCCGGCUCAUCUUCAGCGCCGGCCCUGAACCGACUCUGUGGACCCUCGGCAUGCUCACGAUAGUGGUGAAGGGAGUUCACCUCGUCUCCAUCAUGGGCAACCAGGGGACACUGUCGAGGGCGCCCCGACGGGUCCUGGGCGACCCCGAGCUCCUCUACCACGGCGCUUACCUCGGCUUCUGCUUCCUUGGCAUCUGCUUCCAUCCAUUCUUCUUCUCGGUGCUGUUACUAGACAUUGUGUACCGCGAAGAGACCCUACUGAACGUGAUGCGAUCAGUGACUCGCAACGGGCGCUCCAUCCUGCUGACGGCCGUCCUGGCGCUUGUCCUGGUCUACAUGUUCUCCAUCGUCGGCUACAUGUUCUUCCGGGACCACUUCCUGCUCAACGUCGACCGACUCGACGACGACGACGACCCCCGCUACGAUAUGGCCAAGUGUUCCGACGACCCCGCCAACAAAUACCUCCACGACGGCACUCCGCAGUGCUCGCGUGGACGUUUCGUCUCCGUCGGCGGGGACAUACGCGAGCGGUCAUGUGACUCGCUUAUAAUGUGUAUAGUGAGCACGCUCAACCAGGGGCUGCGUAACGGCGGCGGCAUCGGGGACGUUCUCCGAGCUCCCGCUAGCUGGGAGCCCCUGUUCGUAGCGCGGGUGGUGUACGACCUGCUCUUCUUCUUCGUGGUGAUCAUCAUCGUGCUGAACCUCAUCUUCGGCGUCAUCAUCGACACCUUCGCCGACCUGCGUAGCGAGAAGCAGCAGAAGGAGCUCAUACUCAAGAACCAUUGUUUUAUAUGCGGAUUGAACAGAUCAGCGUUCGACAACAAAACGGUCUCGUUCGAGGAACACAUAAAAAGCGAACACAACAUGUGGCACUACCUUUACUUCAUGGUGCUCGUGCGGGUGAAGGACCCCACGGAGUACACCGGGCCCGAGAGUUACGUGCACUCUAUGAUUAAGUCGAACAACCUGGAGUGGUUUCCGCGCCUGCGCGCGCUGUCGCUGAUGGGCGGCGGCGAGGGCGAGGGCGGCGAGCUGGAGCUGCGCAACCUGCAGGCGCAGCUCGAGCGCGCGCAGGCGGCUGUGUGCGCGCUCACGGACCUGCUCACGGACCUGCGCGACCAGAUGACUGAACAGCGGAAGCAGAAGCAACGCAUCGGUCUGCUGAACUCAACAUCGGCGUAUCUCCAGACUCUGCAAAUGAACCUCCCGCCGUGAGGCCUGCUCGCACCAGUUCCGCGUGGGGACUGCGGCCGGCAGUCUUAACUAUCUUGGCUAACACCCUAUAUUAUACUUUGCCUUUUAAGUAAUUUGGACAGAAUUCGACCCAGCUCUUAACCAUUUGAUGUUUGUUUAUAGUCAUUUGACUUUUGAACUGUAAUUAUUAUUAUAGAGAUGCGCUUUUGUUUUUGGUAUUAUAAACUGAUUUAAACUACUGAUUUAAAGGUUAAGGGAUCGAAUCGGCUUUCGCCGACGAAAAUCGCUCGUCAGUAGGAAGACGCUUACGCGGCGUCGUCGCUGAACGCAUGUUCAUACGAACUAACGAUUUUUGGUCUUCGCUAGAUUUGGGGAGACCCCAACUCACAACCUUAUUUUUUUCAGCAUUUGGGGAAAAACUAAACGUAUAUAAAGCAUAUACCGUCGUGUUUUUAUGUGACUUCUUUUUAGUAUCUGUUUGUGACAGUAAUAGUCCACUAUUCUGUCACAGACCAGAGGACUUCACUACACAAAACAAAAAUUUUAAUUUCGUAUAUUUGUUAAAAACUUUCCAUUUUGACAUAAAAACAAAUAAGUCAAAAAUAUCUGACAAGCGCGUAAGUAUAUAUCCACAAAUGCUGCAAAAAAUGUUUAUAAAAUAAGUAGCGACUUCGAACUCAACCUAUAUUUAUUCAGCGAUUUAUAUACCUAUUUAUUAUUUCGUGACUUUUUCGAAAUUAUUGUUAAGACUGGGCCAGAGUCCCCACGCCGGCGCAUUGCGACUCGUCACCUCAUCGCAAACGAGUAGUCCUCACUCCUACCGUGCAACGGUUACCCUGUAUAAAGUAAGAAAAUUCAGAAUAGGUAGAUGUUCUUUUUCUUUGCAAACUGUACUGGAUGAUGAAUUAUUAGACUAAACUUUUUAAAUAAAUUAAUAGAUAUAUUAAAAUGUCUUGGGCAUAGAUUGCCGGGUCAAAGAAAAAUCCUUAACUGCUGAAGAAUUGAUUAUGCCAAUAAAUUUGCCUUUGACCCGAUUUCUGUGUGAAAAUUAUUUUAUAGAAAAAUAUGUUUGUUUUUCGGUUCUGUAAAUGUUCUCUCUAUUAUCAUAAAUUUUGUAUAUAAAUAAGUAUUUGUCUAAUAAUUCAGAUCUAAAAAGUAAAAUAUUUAAUAUGCUCAAUCAUGGAAAGCAAUAUUUAUAAAUUAAGGUAACUCGUUAGAAUCUUCUAAUGUGUUAUAAAACCUCUCUACUGCUCGCACAACUGUAGACAUUAUAGUCUAUAAAUUAAGGAUCAAAUUCGAUUCAAAUUUCCGAAAUACGUAUAUUGACAAUUUUAAGUUACUUGACUAUGACAAAUGAACUCUAAAGUAGGAAAAUAUUAGUCAAAUUUAUCGUAGAAAAUCUACAGAUCUUAUGACGUAGGAUGGUGAUCGCCUGUUAGGAGUUAGAAAACUUCUGAUUGGCUAAAAAUUGGUGUUGUAUAGACUACUAAAGGUAGCAGUAGUGUAGAUAUAUAUGAAUUGUACACGGAUGGUGUAAAGAGAGAUUUAUUUCAACUCCCAUUGCAUAAGUUUCAAUAUGAUAUAUUAGACAAUACUUAUUAAUUGUGACCUUCUCUGAGAAAAGAAUCUUAACUGGAAAUAAAGCUACUUAGAUGCUUCAAGGUAUCUUUUCUCGUAUUUAAACAAUUUCAUCAGAUUGAAAUGUUGGAAAAUCUUUUUAAUAUACUUUUUAAUAUACAUCUCAACUAUAUUUAAAUCAUAGCAGGUUAUUUAAGAAAUACUGAACUUAAGUCCGUUUUACAAGUGAUGUAGGACCGAUAUCCAUAUAUUAAAGGCGCCGUAUUUGGCAUUUAUCUUUGGCAUCGUUGCUUCGCUGCAUCCGAUAUCGGAUCGGAUAAUAUGAAAAUGCACUAACAGCGACUGUAUAGUCACCGAGUCAGUGUCUAUAUUAUAUCAUUCUCUGAAGGCCAAAAAAUCACCAUCAUAAAUAAGAUCAUGUCAAAUAUUUUAUGGCCUUUUUUGUCUAAUAUAUUAUUGCAUGUGACUGUAUAGGCAACCAAUUUGAUUUCUAAGCCACUGUAAAACCUUUACACAGUAAACUUUAAUGUGAUUUCUAUGGCAAAUAGAACAUGAUGUUAAUAAGACAGGGAUCUAUAGUAGCUUAGGAUUAAAAUUCGUUGACCGUACCUAACAAUCUGACAGUCAGCUUUGUCGACAAUAGCCUGCAGUCAUUAUUAAAUGAAAUCUUGCAAAUGGGAUUAUUAUAAACUAAAUUGGAAUCAUUCUUAUGCGGAGUUACUAUUUUAAUCUAAGCGGGUAGACGUAGACAUAUCUUCGAUCAAUGAUAUUCGAUAUACGAGUAGUUUUUACGUCUUGUUACUCUUACUCUAGGUUUCUUGAGGUUUUUAUACAUAUAUGGAACAGAAGUAUAAUAUUUAUUUACACGGUUCAUCGUAUCAGAAAUGAUAAUCAAAAUAAAUAGUUUUAUCACUGGCAAAAUUUGAUUUUGGAAAUAGAUGGGCAGAAAUACUUUCAGAAUUUUGUGAUAGAUCAUAUCUGCAGUUGAAAUUGUUAUUUAAUAUAUGAAACCGCUUUGAUUAUUUAAACACAAUUUUAGGGC